CAACAUCUCCUACACACACACACACGUACCAUCUUGAAAUCGCUAGUGGCGUUUAUACUAGGCACUAAAGUUCCGGCAGCACAAGCGGUCAGGAAGUCAAUGGCAUAGUAAACGUUCCAUUGGCGCGUAUCAAUGAAACAAUACGCUAGGCACUCUUCUUCCCUAUAGCCGCUCGCACCCGCAAAUGGAAAACUAACAGGCCAUCCAAAUCCACUUUACGUCUUCUACUCGCAUGUAGAAUCCGCCUGCAAUCAAGGAAUCGCCCCUUACCUUGCUUCUGUGCCGACCCCGAGCUACCUCCACCAGCACGGCCGAAACAGAAGAACAAACCACAGCACGACACAACCUACACAAAGUAAUAAGGCCACCCCUCGACUGGCCGACGCUGAUUUGUUACUCGACAUGAUGGCUACAUCCGGUAUUGCUAAUCGUGUGAAAACCUGGCUGAUAUCUACGUGGCAUGUUAAAGUACCUGAUCCGUGGUUAGAAGCUUGUAUUAAUUGGAUUCAGGAAGAAAAUGGCUCAUCUCUGCUACAAGCUGAAAUUAAUAAACAAGUUUUUGAACAAUGGCUUCUUACAGAUUUAAGGGAUUUAGAGUUUCCAGUUUUGCCAGCAAACAUCACAGAUUCCCUGAAAUGUGAAUUAAAUGGCUUUCAUGCAGUACAGAUGGAUUCCUUAGUAGAUAUAAGUCUGCCUGCCUAUUCCCAGCUUCAGAAAUUAAAAGGAAAGGAUAGUACAAAUGAACAAGUAACAUGUACAACACAACAAAGCCAAAAGCCAUGGGAAGCAAAACCAACACGAAUGCUCAUGUUACAACUGACUGACGGAACACAGCAUAUUCAGGCUAUGGAAUACCGACCAAUUCAAGCUCUAAAUGCUAAUCUUUCUCCCGGUACCAAAAUGGUGUUACAGGGUACCAUUGUCUGUCGGCUGGGGGUGCUUCUUCUUAAACCUGAAAAUGUAAAAGUUCUUGGCGGAGAAGUAGAAGCUCUUGUAGCAGAGUACACACAAACUAAAGUUCUUUCAAGGUUAAUUGGUGUAGAGGACAACACUGUAGCUCAACAUUCAAAUGUUCAAGAACAUGCUGCAGGUGUAGCUGCUGGGGAAUUAGGACAGGCCCUUGGUCCAUCAGAUGAGGAUUUGUUAGCAAGCCUUGAGGAGAAUGAAGAGUUCUCAAUUAAUAAUGGUGUACCUUCUGAAAGUGGUUAUUAUAGCAGAAAUGAGAAUUCAAGUAUAUCAUCAUCUACCCAGCAUCAAACACAGGAUUCCAUAGUUAGACAAACAAGUUUUCCUAUGUUGGAUCAAACUGUUGUCCAUGUAAAUGUUGCAAAUAAUCAUGCAAUUGAAGAGCAGUUUGAUAUAGAUGAUGAGUUGUUUUUAGAGGAAGAAAUUCAGCGAGAAUUAGAAGAAAUGUCCAUGAGUCAGGCUGAGGUUGCACACGGUAGUACAGAUUUGCCUACCACUUUAUCAGCAACAUCACAUGCUUCAUCUGCCAGUUGUACCUCUGAUCAAAACAAUAUUGAUAUUCCUCCUUAUACAUAUUUGUCUACUAUAUUAGCAAGCAAAAGCAGAUCUAUAACUUGCGUAAAACUCAAGUCAUUUAUUGUGACCCUCAAUGGAAAUCUCUCUCACAGCUGUGGCUUAUGGAAUAUAAAGGCCAAAAUAUCUGAUGGAACAGGUUACCUUAAUGUGGAGUUUAGUGAUGAUGUUCUUACAGAACUAAUAGGGUUUACAGUGCCUGAAAUGAAAACGUUGAAAAAGGACCCUAGUCAGCAAAGUACACUUAUGGAAGGACUUCAGAAAUGCCAAAGAAUGCUGACCGAUUUCUGUGGCGUUAUGACUGUUUCUUAUAACCCUGCCAAGGAGGAAGCUGUUGUAUUGUCUCUGCAGGACGUCACUGAGGAAAUUAUGCAGUCUUUACAAAAGCUGUUGCGUUCAUAGCCAUAGCAUGCAUUUGCUCUUAUAUAUAUGUUCAACCAGUCAUUGCUUGAAAUAAGUGUGUUUAUGCAUUUCAUUUGUCUUUUUAACUUUAAAAUAUCCCUCUAGUGAUGAUGAUGGUGAAAAAUAGCUGUCCAUUUUUUGAUAACAUGUUGAUUAUUGUUGACCAAUUUAAUAUCUUAUACAUGUAAAGUUUGUUCUGCCUUUAAAAAAAAAAAUAUAUAUAUAUAUAUAUAUAUAUAAAUAAAAUUGCAACUAAA